UACAGAGUUAAGACCACUUGCAUUGAGGAAGUUAGAAAAAAAUCUAAAGGUUUUUGUUGCUUGUUCAUCGUCUCUACCAAAACCUAAAUCAUUGGCGAAAAUGGUGAUGACAAGAAGUACUGCGAUUGGGUCCAUUGUGACAGGAUCGAUUAUGCUUGGUUUUGCUAUCAUCGCUAUUAUUUGUGGUGCGAUUUCGGCCAGCAAACUCUCCGGAAGAGCCGCAGCGAACGCUGGCCUAUGGUCGCUUUACUUUACCGUACCUGGAAUCUUGAGUAUUGUGGCAGGGGUUAAGAAAAAUAGCCUUGUGAUGGCGUUUGCUCUUUUCUUCAACAUCAUCGCCGUUAUUGUUUCCAGCGUAGCAAGUGUUAUUCUGAUAAUAAUAGUAGUCCUUAUGAACGAAGUGAGGUCAUCCGGACAUUAUACUUGCAGCGACGUGGGUGAUCAGUGUUAUUGUACAUCAACAUCUAUCUACUCUGAUUAUAAUUCAGUAAGAUGGAACAUGAAAUGCGACGAUAUUGACACGGUUUACUCUGUUUUUGUCGCUGUUCUUGUCGUCUACAUCAUUCUCACUAUUGUUACAUUCACUGCGUCCAUAUUUGGAUGUAUGGGAACAUGUUGCGCACCACGUGAUCCUGUCGUGGUCAUGACCACUGGUGUACCCGUUCAUAACGCAGGCGCCGUAGUCGUGACGUCCAACCAAUCUUCAAUCCAACAAGGUUAUGCCCAUGGCUAUGUCGCGCAGCCAAUGCCGUCCCAGGCCCCAGGGUAUGGUUAUGGCGCUCAACCACCUCCAGUCUAUGCUACGCAUGAGAACAAGGUGGCCUUGGCGAAUUAAGAAAUCCAUUCAGCUAAUCAUUAUUUUGCUACUCCUUUUCAUGCUUGAUGUUUACGUUUAAUUAGUAAUUAAUAUUCAUUUUUAAGUUCAAACUAAUCAAUUUACCCAGAUGGCUUUGUCCGAACUACUUAUUAGUUAAAAUAGUCUACUACAAGAGAGCUGACAGGUGAUUUGUGAAUAUUCUAUCUAUUUAACUACAAAACACGUCGCUCAAACUUAAAUACGUUUACGUAAAAUACGUAGAAAUAGUGUCAUAAUUUAGCACGAAAAAGCUUGUUUUAAAGUGCACAAUAACACUUUUUUUAAGUUCUCUUUGAACUGGAAUAA